AUGACGCUGGUUUGGAGCUCGCUCACUCGUGCGAUCAAGCAAGACCUAUCUCGGGGGAGAGUCUUGUGCACCAGGUGCGUCUCUGUAGCGGCGGACGAACGCAGCUGUGGAGAGAGCCUCGCGUGCUCUCCGAGGCGGGGUACACUCUGGACUAUGGACAGGUGCCUCCGACGUUGCCGGGAGCGCAAUCUUUUGGCCUCUUUUCGUGGGACGAGUGCCGCUGCAUUGAAACAUUCGCUCUCUCAGCUGUGGAAAGCGUGCGCACACCAGCGUUACAGCGGUACGCGUGUCGUCAAACGGAGCUGCAGCUGCGGUGUGGACUACCCGGACGAGCGGCCUACCACUGACGUGCAGCACGCGAGCACCACAGAAACUUUGCAGUUGGCGGAGACAACAAGGCAUGGGACUGGCGCAUGUGCGGCUCUGGUGCACCAGCGAAUACCGCCAUACGAAGCUAGUUAUUCGGCAUUGGCGGCCAGGUAUGCCGAGCGGGCUCCUACUCUAGGCAGCGACUUGACGCCGGCAACUCGAGUGCUCCAGUUUCGAUCAGCGCGUAAGCAUGACCGGCGGUUAGAAACGCGACGUUACCUGGAGCACUUUACCAGGGGCUUUGCAGAUGCACGCGUUUCUCCUUCGGUUCUCGUUUUAGCAGAGCAUGCCCGCGGGAAUGUCGCGCCUGCAACCUGGGCUGCAUUACGAGCAGCCCAGCAGGUAUGCGGGGGCACGUUGUCGAGCAACGGCAACGACGCCAAACAAACUGGACAUAUUGAGGUUCUCGUCUUCGAUCGCGUGGAUUCAGAUAUGGGGGCGGUUCUAAAACAGCUCGCUCAGGUUGACGGUGUAUCGCGACUCGUUCUCGUUUGUGAUGGGCACUGCAGGUAUCCCGUUGCCGAGAUGCUGGCCCCUGUCAUUGCCCGCUGGAGUGCAGAGCAAGGCUAUUCGCACGUGUUCACUGGCGGGAGUACUUUUGGCAAAAAUAUUCUACCACGCGCAGCAGGUAUCCUGGGCAUCCAGCCGCUCUCAGAUAUCAUGCAGGUGUGUUCGCCAUGGGAAUUCGUGCGUCCGUUGUAUGCGGGGAGCAUUCUGGCCCGCGUACGCUUGGUACCUCCCUCUGAACCGUCAUCUAAGACUGGAUGGCGUUGCUGGGCGACUAUUCGGGGUACCGCUUUCGAGGCCGCGCAACUUCGCCACGAUGACGCCUGUCCAACUGAACUCGACAUCACAGACAAGGCAAGGCAGUAUCUCCAAGACGCCGCACCGCCAGCCGUGGAGUGGUUGCAGCAGACGGGCGCUAACGCCGAAAGGCCGCGCUUGGAAAGCGCCCACAUCGUUGUUACCGGUGGCCGUGGCCUCCGCGACGCCGAGCACUUUCAAGCCUUUGUGAUGGAGCUUGCAGACCGUCUGGGGGCAGCCGUUGGCGCCACGCGGGCGGCUGUUGAUGCCGGCAUGUGUGCCAAUGAACUUCAGGUCGGGCAGACAGGCAAGGUUGUUGCACCAGAGCUCUACAUCGCCGUGGGCGUGAGUGGUGCCGUCCAGCACCUUGCGGGCAUGAAAGACAGCAAGGUCAUCAUCGCCAUCAAUAAUGACCCAGAGGCCCCGAUUUUCCAAGCAGCCGACUACGGCCUCGUCGGUGACCUGUUUGAGAUCAUGCCCGCUCUUUUAGAGAAAUUAUCUAACUCGCAUAAAAAAUAG